AUGGCGGAAUUGGACAUAGGACAGCACUGCCAGGUGGAGCAUUGCCGGCAGCGAGAUUUUCUCCCAUUUGUUUGUGAUGGUUGUUCAGGAGUAUUUUGCCUUGAACACAGAAGCAAGGAGUCACACAGCUGUCGUGAGGUGACCAUAAUCAAUGAGAGACUGAAGUCGAAUAAGCCCACGUCUUACCCAUGCUCAUUCAGGGACUGUGCUGAAAGAGAGCUUGUGCCAGUUAAAUGUCCUUACUGUGAGAAGAAUUUUUGCCUGAGGCACCGUCAUCAGUCUGAUCAUGAAUGUGAAAAACUGGAAAUUCCUAAGCCUCGUAUGGCUGCCACUCAGAAACUUGUUAAAGACAUUAUUGAUUCUAAGACAGGAGGGACAGCAAGUAAACGAAGGAAAGGUGCAAAAAACAGUGAAACGGCUGCAAAGGUAGCGCUGAUGAAAUUAAAGAUGCAUGCUGAUGGAGAUAAGUCAUUACCACAGGUUGAAAGAGUUUACCUUCAGGUUUUCUUACCUAAGGGGAGCAAAGAGAAGAGCAAACCAAUGUUCUUUUGCCAACGAUGGAGCAUCGGAAAAGCCAUAGACUUUGCGGCUUCUUUAACCAGUCUUAAAAAUGACAAUAAUAAAUUAACAGCUAAGAAAUUAAGGUUAUGUCACGUUACUUCAGGAGAAGUCUUACCCUUGGAUCAUACUUUGGAAACCUGGAUCGCUAAGGAGGAUUGCCCUUUGUAUAAUGGUGGAAAUAUUAUCUUGGAAUAUCUUAAUGAUGAAGAACAGUUUUUAAAAAAUGUUGAUUCCUAUUUGGAUUAG